CUCUUCAUUCUCUCUCUCACAUGCAGCAGAGCAGAGAAUGCAGAGGAGCGGCUGGUGAACUACCUGUUGGGUCCGGAGCGCUACAACAAACUGAUCAGACCGGCUGUCAAUAAGAGCCAGCAGGUCACCAUCUCCAUACAGGUGUCUCUGUCUCAGCUCAUCAGUGUAAAUGAGCGAGAACAGAUCAUGACGACUAACUUGUGGCUGUUUCAGGAGUGGAAUGACUACAGGCUGAGGUGGGACCCAGACAAGUACGAAGGCAUCAAGAAACUACGAAUACCAUCCAAACACAUCUGGCUUCCUGAUAUAGUGCUUUAUAACAAUGCUGAUGGAGUGUACGAAGUUUCCUUCUAUUGCAACGCUGUGGUCUCCAACACAGGAGACAUCUUUUGGCUCCCCCCGGCUAUCUACAAGUCAGCCUGCGCCAUCGAAGUGCAGAACUUCCCCUUUGACCAGCAGAACUGCACUCUCAAAUUCCGCUCCUGGACCUAUGACCACACAGAAGUGGAUCUGAUCCUCACGAGCGACUUUGCCAGCCGCGAUGACUUCACCCCCAGCGGAGAGUGGGACAUUGUGUCGCUCCCGGCACGCAAAAAUGAAGACCCCAACGACAUCACUUACCUCGACAUCACCUAUGAUUUUGUGAUUCAGAGGAAGCCGCUGUUUUAUACCAUUAAUCUGAUCAUCCCGUGUGUGCUGAUCACGUCGCUGGCUAUCCUGGUGUUCUACCUGCCGUCGGACUGCGGGGAGAAGAUGACGCUGUGCAUCUCAGUGCUGCUGGCGCUCACUGUGUUCCUGCUGCUUAUUUCAAAGAUAGUGCCACCCACCUCUCUAGCAGUACCGCUUAUUGGUAAAUACUUGAUGUUCACCAUGGUGCUUGUCACUUUCUCCACUGUGAGCACAGUGUGCGUCCUCAACGUGCACCACCGCUCACCAUCCACCCACCAUAUGCCCGACUGGGUCAAUCGCAUCUUCUUGGUCACCCUUCCCACUUUCCUUCUCAUGAGGCGUCCAGGCUCUUCCAAUGUCCGUGAUAAACUCCGCCGGAAGUAUGCUAACCAGAAUACCACCAACAAAAACAAUUCUCAGAGCAGCAGGGAGAGGAAGUCUUGUUCCAACAUCAAACUCGGUGGGAUCCGAACGGACGCUGACUCCUUCUACGUAAAUGAGGACUUGGCCCACAGGUUUUGUUGGAAAGUGGGAGACAUCCCAGACGGGGGUGGUGGGUUUUCAGACUUCCGGAGGCCUUUGGGCAGUCAGUGGGAUGCAGAUCUGGAGGAGGCAGUGGAAGGAGUGAAAUAUAUCUCUGAACACAUGAAGACGGAAGAUGAUGACGAAGGGAUAAUAGAAGACUGGAAGUAUGUAGCCAUGGUGAUAGACCGACUGUUCCUGUGGAUCUUUAUCCUGGUGUGUGUCGUGGGAACACUGGGGCUCUUCAUGCAGCCGCUGUUCCAAAGUUACAACACGCCCACUGCUGAUGAAACCGAGUAUGGAGAUUUCUAG